AUGCAAACCAGCUCAUUUGCAUGCCAGGGCCACGCGGCCGGACUACGGCUCCCGGCAUGCCCCGCGCGGGACCGGAAGCAGCUGGCGGGGGCGGGGGCAGGGGCACGUGCGUCCCCCCGGAUCCCCGCUCCCUCCGGCCCUGCACCAUGGCGGUGCCCCGCGCGCUGCGCCUGGCGGGGCCCCUGGGGCGAUGGUGGCCCGGCAGCAGGCCCCGGGCGGCGGGCCCAGCACGGUGCGGCAGCGGCUGCGGCUGGGUCUGGGGAGGUGCCUGGCUGGACGGGGCAGGAGAGCCUGGCGCAGAGCGACCCCGAGGUCUGGGACCUGUUGCGCCAAGAGAAAGACCGGCAGUGCCGUGGACUGGAGCUCAUCGCCUCCGAGAACUUCUGCAGCCGCGCGGCGCUGGAGGCGCUGGGCUCCUGCCUCAACAACAAGUACUCGGAGGGCUACCCCGGGCAGAGGUACUACGGGGGGGCAGAAGUUGUGGACCGUGUGGAGCGGCUGUGCGCGCAGCGGGCGCUGGACGCCUUUGACCUGGACCCGGCAUGCUGGGGUGUCAACGUGCAGCCGUACUCGGGCUCCCCAGCCAACCUGGCCGCCUACACUGCCGUGCUGCACCCCCAUGACCGCCUCAUGGGGCUUGACCUGCCCGACGGUGGCCAGUGCGUGCAGGAGGGGCUGGGGGGGCAGGAGGGCAGGGGCUGAGGGUGUA